CAUGGAAGGACUUUAAUGAAACUCACAGGACUCAACAAAAGAUGCUCUAAUGGAUGACAGUGAACCGCCUGCAGGUAAACUUCAGAUAGAACCACAAGAUGGGCGUCAUCCUGGUGGCGGUGUGGAAAGUGUAGGGUCCCGCUUGCCUUCUGCAUCGGACGAAAAUGAAAAUCGACUUGACGGGUGUGGGCAUGACCGCCUGACCAGCAGUGACGGUGCCAUGGGCAACCCUGCAGCGUCCGAGCAGGACAGUCUCAACAACAAUGCAGGCUGCACACCCAGCUGUGAGGCGGCUGCCAGUGAGACCUCAGAAAACACGGCUUGUGAAGGCCCCAAGGAUGGACAGGACUUCUCGGGAAAGGACGAAAACAUACCUGGAAAGAGAAGCCCAAGAACCAAGACAGGCACGGCCAGGAAGAUCCCACCAGGACUUUCCUCGGGGGAUUCCACACCUUUAAUGCAAGAAGACGUGCUGAGUGCAGACGCACGUGCUGUUGGUGAGGAAGAGUCAGCCGAAGGCAAUGCUAACGACCAACCAGAAGCCCCGACACUGGCUUUGCAGUCUCUGUUCUCACUGAUCCGCGGUGAGGUGGAGCAGUUGGACUCGAGAGCACUUCCCCUUUGCCUCCAUCAGAUAGCAGAGUCCUAUUUCCAGGAGGAGGACUAUGAGAAAGCAAUGAAAUUCAUUCAGCUUGAACGACUCUAUCAUGAGCGAUUGCUUGCCAAUCUUUCUGCUGUUCAAGAACAAUGGGAAACAAAAUGGAAAACUGUACAGCCACGUGCAGCCACGUCUCCAAGGAAUUCAGAAAAGGGAUUUAAUGGUGAAGAUUUUGAACGGCUUACCAAAUUUUGCGCAACACAUCAAGAUCCUCUUUUAUCCAAAUCUAAGACAGCAGCUGCGGAGACGGCCCCGGGGAGGGAGAGCUUUGCGCAGUCAGCGGUGUCGGAGGGUCCCCAGGGAAGUGGAGUCGCAGCCGAGGAGCCCGGUAUGUGCAAAUUAAAGAUAGCGGAGGACUACCUGAGCAGCCUCCUGGCGGGGUGCCUGCGGGGCGCCGAGGACUCCCCCUCCGGCGAGGAGGAGGACGACCCCGACCUCCUCCCGGACCUGUCCCCCGACGAGGCCUCCUACAGCCUCCAGGACGACCCUCCCUCCCCCUCGGACGGCAGCCUGUCGCUGGAUGACCUGGCGAGAAGGAUCGAGGUCGCGGAGGUAGCUCCUGCUGCGGGACUGGUCUCCAUAUUGAAGAAGAGGAACGACGCGGUGGGCGACCACCCUGCCCCGAUGCAGCAGAAGCCGCCCAAGCGCAGGGUGCGGUUCCAGGAGAUGGACGAUAACCUGGACCAGGAUGAAGCUGGGAGCGGCUCCUGCAUUUUACUGGUCUUGCUGUGCGUCGCCACGGUUCUGCUCAGCGUGGGGGGAACCGCCCUGUACUGCGCUCUUGGGGACCUGGAGUCGCCCGUGUGCACGGACUUCGCCCACAACGUGGACUUCUACUACACGAAGCUGCUGCGGGGCGUGGCGGAGCUGAAGCGCUGGGUCCGCCUCUCCUAGCGCAGCGGCGGCCCGAGGGGAACUCACUCUCCAGGAGGCUCUGAUUUGGGGGGUUGUGUGCCCGCGCCCCGCCCCGUGAGGAGCCGCGGAGGUCAGCAACAGCAGCUUCAGCAGGCGGCCCAGGGGGACCGGCACCAUCGCGCGGGGACCUGCGCGCCGUGGGGCGGGAAUGGCCUGGCCGGCCGCCUCCGCGGGGCGCUGCGCUGCGUUAAACGGGAGUGUUGCGGCCACGUCCUUAGCUUCUUGUCAAGCUGACACUUAAUGACACUUGGUUUCCACUAGUUGGUCCAAAGACGUCGCUUCCAGCCAUCACGCAAUAAGUGUGGGUGUGAUCGAAAGGAGGUACCGAUGUGUCCAUGUCUUUUUUCAGUUGGCCUGGAGCGCUGUGUCCGUGAGGCUUUGCGCCUCAUUGACACGUUCUGGUCUCCCUUUGUGGAAUGGUUGGGUGCACAUGCGUGUUUGCGUGGGUGCGUGCAUGUGUUUCAGGUAAUCAUGAGCAAAUACCCAACGCAUAAUAACAAAAAAAAUGACCUUUAUUCUUUUAACUUGACUAUAGAUGUGCAGGCACAAAUCGUUAGAGCAGGUUUCACUGUGGAACCGAGGAGAGGUAGAGAUGUUGGCCCUGGAAGGAGGAGCUGUGACAGAUCUGCAGCAAUUGAUUAACAAGCCAGGAAUUCAUUACAGGCCUGGGGGUAACAUUCAAGAGCUCCCCCUGAGUCUCAGGCGGGCCGUUUCAGCAUGGAUUCGAGGCCUCGUGGAGUAUGAUGAAUGCUGGACUCAAUUCUGCAAACACUUACUGAGCACCUAUUAGGUGUGGAGUCUAAGAACUGAAAUACAAAGAGAAUGCGAUACCAGUUCCUGCUCUAGAGGUUUCCAUCCUGGCCUUGUGUUAAAAAGAUACUUUGGCAAAUGAAAGAAAAUCACCACACAACUCAGUGUUAGCAGGUCAUGCAUUCAGAGGUUUGAACAUGCAUUCAUGUCACAGUUAGUCCUUUUACGGGGUCAUUAAGCAGAAAGUCAAUCAUGUCUUAAAUAAGCCAAUGUCUGAAUUUUGUUUAAAUCUGUCAGUUACGUGGCAUUUCCUUUUCUGAGGUCUAUCAUUUACGAAGCCUUGCUGGGGCUUUUUAUAACGUAGGCAGCAUUUUAAAAGCAUCAGAACAUGAAUUAUAGUUUUUUAGCGAGUGAUCAUCACUUCAUGUUUUUCUGUCAGAAUCACGUGAAAGAAAAAGGGAGAAGUUACUUCCUACCCGUUACUGGCUGGUACAGUACCCCUUCAUGUUCUGCUUAUUUAUUUAGAUUAUGUGAAUUUUGAAGGGCUUUUUAUAUGUGUUGAAAGUGUGUUUUUGAGCAUGCAUUCGGUUUUCCCAAUGUAGAUAUUUAAUUACUGUGUACUUAGUAUUUUGAUUUCCUAUAAAUUCAGUGUCUCAUGUUUUUAGGCUUGUUUCUUUUUAAAUUGAUGUUUGAUUUUCACUCAUAAUACUGUUUGACUUGUCUCAUGUCACCAUAAACUAAUAUUUUCAAGGAUUAUAGAUCAAAGAUAUUUAUUUAGAAGUAUACAAGAUACUGAAAUUUAGAUUCCUUAUACUUAAGGCUGAUUUUAUUAGAAGGUUAUUUUAAUGUUCUAUUAUAAAUUUUAAGAAUUUGUAUUCAAACUGUAUGUAAAAUAUGUAAAUGUCAACGGUACUAUGUUAGAUGGUUCUAUAAAAGACAUUCACCAAGUCUGCCGUGAGGGGUGCCCCCGUCAUGGACAGCCCUCUUCCGUUUCACCCUUUUGGUUCCUAGUUAUGAGAAUUUGAUGAGUCUGAUUUCUGAUGGUUUUAUGUGAAGAUAAAUCAAAACUUCCUCCUGCUCUCCCCUUUGAGUCGCUAUGGAAGUCCUAUGUACCCCGAGUGUCUCGUUUGCCUGGAGGCGCCAGGACCUCCACUCCACACCGAAAGUUUCCUGGAAACCUUGACGCUGAGCGGAGAGGACUGAGGUGACACCUGGGUCCUCGGCGGUCCAGUUGAAUCUCAGAGGAACCAGGUGUGUCCUCACGCUUCCCGGGGAGGGUGAGGCGAGCUCAGGAGCUCAGUGUGGUGAUGUCUUGACUUAAAAUGGGCAUGAAAAUCGCGACUGGAACAAGUCGGGCACCGCUUAAAAUGUGAUAGUCAUUCAUUGCAUGAAGUGGAGUAAUCCCAUCUGGUGGUGAAAGCAUUGUGAUCGCACAGGUGAAAAAUUCAUCCAGCUUUACCCUGAUGUUAUCUUUCCUGCCAUGUGAAAGUUCCGACAACUGCUUGUAACUACUCUUCCUUCAGAACUGUAUUGGAGGGUGACCGGUCAAGCUUGUAAUUUAAAAUCUUCACCAACAAA